AAUGUCAUAUGGGACAAGAAGAAAGUGUCUAAAAGAUGCAACAAACAAAAUAUUGAAUACAUGAAUCUGAGUGACGGUGGUACCUUGGUGGCAAAAGAGGGGAAGAAAGAAAUCAACGCUUCCUCAAUUCUCACUGAGUCAAUCACUGAUUGA